AUGAAUAUAAUAAAACGAAUAUGGAAAGUACUUAGAACUCCUGGACCAACUUUGUAUGAUGUCUUACCGUUAAUUAUUUUAGCAGUGUAUACAGAUCCAUUAGCUAUAUUUUGUCAGAGUAAAAAAGAUAUAGAAAAGAAAAAACUCCCAAGGAUUUCAAUUUUUAUAUAUAAUUUGUCUUUAUGGAUACUAGUCUUAUUAGUUUUUAUAUUAAUUCUAUUUGUUGGUGGAAUAGCUAUUGGUCAAAUAACCAUUCCACCUAUUUAUAUUGGUGAGUUGUAUGGAAUGCCACUAAUAACACAAUUUUUUACAAUAUCACCUGAUGGUACCUUUUUAGCAUCUAUGAAAGUAUUUAUUAAUAAUAAAAGUUCAUUUAAUGGAAGGCUAAUUAUUCAAAAUAUUAAUAUCAGUCCAGUUUUACAAAAUUUUUUCUGUACUCCUGCAUCAGCUAAUAACGACUUCAUGCUAUCUUUACCAUAUGUCAAAUCUCAUCCAAAUUUUGGUGGUUUUGUAUUCCCUUCAAAUCUACAUUAUAAACCCAUAAAUGACACGACAAUUAAAGUGUCAUCAAUAUUAUUAAAAUCUCAUAAUGUAAAUUUUCAACGUGUUAAAAUUGAACUUGGCAAAUAUGGAGUUGCAGAAGAAUUACAAGGUAUAUGGUUACCUUCAGGAGUAACACAGUAUAAUUUACUAUUAAAAGGUUCAACCAAUUUAUUAAGUAAUAGUAGCUUUAAAGAUGAAAUUGGAUCUCGUGGCUGCUUACAAAGUAACACUUCAAAUUUAAUCACCCAUAUUAGUCUAGAUUAUUCGGUGAGAUAUUUCCUUGGCUCAAGAACAGUUAUAAAACAAGAUAUAGGUUACAUUGCAUUUCCAGCAUGCUAUUUAUAA